UUUAGGAGCAAACUCAACCACUAAAGUCAACACAGGAGAGCAAUCCACAGGUUCACCACUCAGAAGUACUGUGACCCAGGACUAAAGGAAGAGGAAUCGUCACAGCCAUGAGAAAAGUGGCCCUGGGGUCUUCAAAGGCAGCUCACCUAGGCCUCAGAAGCAGCCUCCUAGCAGGCACACUUCAGAGCUGGGUGACAAAAUGCUUGCUUGCUUAUAAAAGGGCCGCACCAUGCCCUGUUCCUUAGGAGGGAAGACAGGGACGCAGCAAGGUAGAAGGACCAGAGUCCCAGUGAAGCCAUGCUUGCUGCCUCUGUCUUGCGUCUGACACUGCUGCUCUGCUGGCUAGUUGCACCCCAGCCCACCCAGCCUGAGAGGCUCUUCCACAGCCGGGACCGUUCGGACCUGGAGCCAUCUCCCCUGAGUCGGGCCAAGCCCAUUGCUGACCUUCAUGCUGCUCAGAAUUUCCUAUUGAAAUAUGGUUGGUCAGAGGUGCCUAGCCCAAAGGAGUCAGCAGGAGUCCCCGUGGGCUUCACCUUGGCUCAAGCUGUGCGUAGAUUCCAGAAGGCAAACAGACUGCCAACCAGCGGGGAACUAGACUCACCUACACUGGCAGUUAUGAACAAGCCGCGCUGUGGCGUCCCUGACACACAGCUGCCCUCUCAGGCUGCCCUGCCAACCCCACCAGCCCUGCCAAUCCCUCUAGGUCUCCAGCCAAGGGCUCGACAAAAGCGCUUUCUUCAAAUGUUGCUGCCCAAGCCAGGUGGGCAAGAGGAGGACGCCUCAGACACUGGGGCCAGCAGGGCCUUCUCCAAGAAGACACUGACCUGGAGGCUAGUGGGAGAUGCCUACAGCAGCCAACUCUCUGGGGAUGAGCAGAGAUACAUCUUUAGACUGGCCUUCAGGAUGUGGAGUGAGGUGACACCACUGAACUUCCGGGAGGACCUCACUGCCCCUGACACCAUGGUGGACAUAAAGCUGGGUUUUGGGAGAGGCCGGCACCUGGGCUGUCCACGGGUAUUUGACGGGAGCGGACAGGAGUUUGCACAUGCCUGGCGCCUGGGUGAGGUCCACUUUGAUGACGAUGAGCACUUCACUCCUCUCUCCAGUGACACAGGCAUCAGCCUUCUCAAAGUAGCUGUCCACGAAAUUGGCCACGUUCUUGGAUUGCCUCACACCUACAGGGUGGGAUCCAUAAUGCAACCAAACUACAUUCCACAGGAGCCUGCCUUUGAGUUGGACUGGUCAGACAGAAAAGCAAUUCAAAGACUAUAUGGUUCCUGUGAGGGAUCGUUUGAUACAGUGUUUGACUGGAUUCGCAAGGAGAGGAACCAAUAUGGUGAGGUGAGGGUGAGGUUCAACACCUACUUCUUCCGCAACAGCUGGUACUGGCUCUACGAAAACCGCAACAACAGGACUCGCUAUGGGGACCCCCUCCAAAUCCUCACUGGCUGGCGUGGAAUUCCCAUGCAAAGCAUAGAUGCCUUCGUCCACGUCUGGUCAUGGGGAAAAGAUGAGCGGUAUUUUUUUAAAGGAAACCAAUACUGGAGAUACGACAGUGAGAAUGACCAGGCACACACACAAGAUGAACAAGGAAGGAGCUACCCUAAACUGAUUUCAGAAGGCUUCCCUGGCAUCCCCAGCUCCCUGGACACUGCCUUUUAUGAUCGGAGGCAGCAGUUAAUUUACUUCUUCAAGGAGUCUCUAGUAUUUGCAUUUGAUGUCAAUCAAAACCAAGUCCUUAAUUCUUAUCCAAAGAAGAUGAGCCAAGUGUUUCCAGCAAUAAUGCCUCAAAACCAUCCAUACAGAAACCUUGAUUCAGCGUACUUCUCCUAUGCACACAACUCCAUUUUCUUUUUCAAAGGCAACUCAUACUGGAAAGUAGUUAGUGACAAGGACAAACAACAGAAUUCUCGGCUUCCUCUGAAUGGCUUAUUUCCAAAAAAAUCGAUUUCAGAGAAGUGGUUUGAUGUUUGUGAUGUUCACACCUCUACACUGAACAUGUAAAGGGAAGACGAAAAUCAAGACUAGGACUCAGAAACAGCUUUAAGAGAAAGCGUCAGCUUUCUUUGCAAAGAAAACAAACCAGAUUCUUAGUAGCUAAAGCAAAUAUGGCUUCCUAAACUAAACCAAACAAGAAGGCAUUACUUGAGGAUCAGUUGCUAGGUAAAACUUCUUUUAGAAACAUCAAAAAAUUUACCCUAUGGAAUCCCCGUCCUUUCUUUCGAUGCCCCACAUGAACUCCAUUCAGUCCCAAUAGUGCCACCAGGGUCCCACCAUUGUGUACAGAAAUGGCUUUUACAGCACUUAGAAACUGAGUUCUGGUCUGGGUUAGGGCACAGGAAUGAAAUUAACUGCAAAACACACAUCAUAAUGACAUGUUUACCAUUUGACUGUGGGGUGGUUCUGAUGCUGUCCCAUUCCCAAUUGGGUUCUUGAUCUGUCAGUAAAGAAGCCAUGGGCCAAUUUCUGGGUGGAAGGAAUAGGUGAGACUUCUGGGUCCCUAGAGAAAAAGAGAUGGAUGCAAGGGAGGAGUUUGGCAGGCUUCUCAUGGAGAAAAGUUGAGCAGAUGUGUGAGGUCUUAGACAGGGAGGUGGCCUGUGGCCACUCCUACAGG